AACUCAAAUCCCUCAGGAGCUUUGGCUGCUGCCCUGUGAAAAGGGAUAGGGGUCAGUAAAGUCCAGAGAAGAGAGGGGCUCUGCCUCAGGUCCCAUAGGAAUUGGGCCUUGAGCCUCCCUCCAUCCAGGACACGGUGGUCCUUGCAGACCUGUGGCCUGCCCCUCAUUGUGGUCAGAAAGACUCCCACCUCCCACCCUGGUCUGGGCCUGGCUCUAUCCCAGACCUGAGCAUUGCAGGGUAGGGAGCAGCACAAUGGGUGGAUGGGGCUGCCAAUGACAGCACUGCUCUGUCCCUCCUGGCCCUGCCAUUUGGCACAGUCAGGGUUACAGCUGGGGCCCCUCCCAGUCUUCAGAGCCACUGUCCCUUAGCAACAAUCCUACCGGGCAGAACGCACUGCCAACACAGAACAAACCAGGCAGGAGCCAGUGGAGUGGCCAUCUGAGGACUCCAGGACAGACAAGGCCAGGUAAGUGAGUAGGGGGCACCCAGCUUGUAGCAUGGCCAGCCGAGCAGGAAACCCACUUAACCUCUGUCUCAUCCAGCUGCCCAGAGAACCUGAACCUAACAUGGAUACAGUGGACGCCACUGUGGAGAGGCUCCGGGAACAGUGCCUGUCCCGAGGGGCCUCUGGCAUCCAGGGCCUAGCCAGGUUUUUCCGCCGCCUGGACCAGGACAGGAGCCGAUCCCUGGAUGCGAGGGAGCUUCAGCAGGGCUUGGCUGAGCUGGGGCUGGCGCUGGACAUGGCUGAGGCAGAGGGUGUGUGCAGGCGAUGGGACCGUGACGGCAGUGGGACGCUGGACCUGGAGGAGUUCCUGAGGGCACUCCGGCCCCCCAUGUCCCAGGCCCGGGAGGCGGUCAUUGCAGCUGCAUUCUCCAAGCUGGACCGCAGUGGGGAUGGUGUGGUGACCGUGGAUGACCUUCGGGGGGUGUAUAGCUGCCACGCCCACCCCAAGGUGCAGAGUGGGGAGUGGACUGAGGAGGAGGUGCUCCGCCGCUUCCUGGACAACUUUGAUUCCUCUGAGAAGGACGGGCAGGUAGGUGCCUAUGGGGUCUCCCUAGCUCCUCCUGCCCUAGAUUUCCAUCCCUACUUAGAACCUGUCUGCCCCCAGGUCACCCUGGCUGAAUUCCAGGACUAUUACAGUGGUGUGAGCGCUUCCAUGGACACGGAUGAGGAGUUUGUGGCCAUGAUGACCAGCGCCUGGCGACUGUGAGCAGCAUGCACUCAGCUGGCACCACUGUAGCAUAGGACUCCACCAUGCCCCCCCCCCCCCCCCGAGUUUCCAGCUGGGCAGCCCCAGGGGUGGGGGCUGGAGGAUUGAGGCUGCAGAACUGGUU